CUUCCCCCUGCCUCUCCGGACCCCGGGUCUCUCGGCUGUGGAACGGGGAGGGAAUCGAACCCGGUGGCACUCGGGCAGCGGCUGGGACUGGGGGCUCUGCCGAGCGCACAACUUGCGGUGGGCGCGGCGGGACAGGGCAGGGCGGGAGCUCCUCCUGCCCACGUCACAGACCGGCCGCUCUCCCACCCCGGCCGCGGGCGAGCAGCUCCCGGCAGUGCGCGGGCCGAGGAGGAGGACGCGAGUGGGCCGCGGGGCCGGGAGCUCAGCCCGCAGCCGCGGAGACCCCGCCGUUCCCUUCAAUGAAGAUAUUCAAAUGUUGUUUUAAAUACAUCCUCCAGCAGAAAGUUUUCAUCCUGUUUUUAACCCUAUGGCUGUUCUCCUUGUUAAAGCUUCUGAAUGUGGGAAGGCUCCUCUUUCCUCAGAGAGGUAUUUACUUGGUUGAGUACUCCUUAAGCACCUCGCCUUUUGUAAGAAACAGGUACACCCACAUUAACGAUGAAGUCAGGUGUGAAGUUAACUGUUCUGGGAUCUAUGAGCAGGAGCCUUUGGAAAUUGGCAAGAGUCUGGAGAUACGGAAACGAGAUAUCAUUGACUUGGAGGAUGAUGACGUUGUGGCAAUGACCAGUGAUUGUGACAUUUAUCAGACUUUAAGAAGGUACCAUCAUAAGCUCGUGUCAAGGGAGGAGAAGAGCUUCCCCAUAGCUUAUUCUUUGGUUGUCCACAAAGAUGCGAUUAUGGUUGAAAGGCUCAUCCAUGCUAUAUACAACCAGCACAAUAUCUACUGCAUCCAUUAUGACCUUAAGUCACCUGAUAGCUUCAAAGUGGCCAUGAACAACUUAGCUAAGUGCUUCUCUAAUAUUUUCAUUGCUUCCAAGUUAGAAGCUGUGGAAUAUGCCCACAUUUCCAGGCUCCAAGCUGAUUUAAAUUGCUUAUCAGACCUUCUGAGGUCCUCGGUUCCAUGGAAAUACGUCAUCAACUUAUGUGGGCAAGAUUUUCCCCUGAAGUCAAAUUUUGAAUUAGUGUCAGAGUUGAAGAAACUCAAUGGAGCAAACAUGUUAGAGACAGUGAAACCCCCUCACAGUAAGAUGGAAAGAUUUACUUAUCACCAUGAGCUCAGACGAGUGCCUUAUGACUAUGUGAAGCUACCAAUAAGGACGAACAUCUCCAAGGAAGCACCCCCUCAUAACAUUGAGAUAUUUGUGGGGAGUGCCUAUUUCAUUUUGAGCCAAACAUUUAUUAAAUAUAUUUUCAACAACUCUCUCAUUGAAGACUUUUUUGCCUGGUCUAAGGAUACAUACUCCCCUGAUGAGCACUUCUGGGCUACUUUAAUCAGGGUACCAGGAAUACCUGGGGAGAUUUCCAGGUCAGCCCACGAUGUGUCUGACCUACAGAGUAAGGCCCGCCUUGUCAAAUGGAAUUAUUACGAAGGCUUUUUUUAUCCCAGUUGUACUGGCACUCAUCUUCGAAGUGUGUGUAUUUAUGGAGCUGCGGAAUUGAGGUGGCUUAUAAAAGAUGGACAUUGGUUUGCUAAUAAAUUUGAUUCUAGGGUGGAUCCUAUCUUGAUUAAAUGCUUGGCAGAAAAGCUUGAAGAACAACAGAGAGAGUGGAUUGCUUUGUCUUCAGAAAGGGUAUUUGUGGAUAAAAAUCCCUCAACCACAUCUUCAUAGUAAAAUGAUGAAAAUAUGAGGAUCUGUGGUACAUGGGAGUUAAUAUUAGAAGUGUUUACUAUGCUAUGUCCAAUACCAUUUGAACUUAAUCUUCUCAUAGUUUGAAAGUUGUCUCAAAAUCCAUGCACUGAAGAAAGCCUUCUAGACUUUCAUGUUAUGAGCUUGGAGUUGAUUGGUUCUUUUAAUGCUUUGUUUUUGCUUGUAAUCUUGGUGAACUAAAUCAGAGGUCUUAAAUAUUCAGUCAGUUAGCAAAUAUUUAUUGAGCACCUACUGUGCACCAGGCACUUUUUUAGAAAACAUUCAGGAAUUAAAUCUAAAUUGUAAUGACUUGCACAUUGCCAUCAGGAAGCCAUGGCUUACCCUCAUCACAUGGUGAUCUCGAUAUCUUCUCCAUGUAACAAUGAGGAUUCUGCUCAAGACACGUAUGGAGUAUGUGGUGAACCUGGGUGAAACCGCCCAGUUCACAACAGUGUGUAGGUUUGGUGCCAGCAUUCUGCUUGUCUCUUAGUUCAGCUCUGUAGAUGUUUCUUAACUAUUAAAAUUUUAGGAAGAGAGACUCCACUACCUCAGCAAAGCUCAAAGAAUUGUCCGAUUGCCUGCUUGCCAAAGCUUCAUUCACCUUUUGGGGCCUCACUUGUUCAGUUCAGGGUUGAGAGGACUGUGCCGAUGUGGUAUUUACAGGAUGUGGGUGGCAGGUACAGUGGUGGGACUGGUUGUGAUGGGGGGUCGGGAUGGGUGUGCCUGAGGAGGAAAACAGAGUUUAUUCAGCUUUUGGACCCUGUCAUACAUUGUCGUUAAAGGCUUCUUUUUUUAACUCAACUGUUUCAACACAUUUACUGACAAAAAAAUAAGAACUGAUAAAAGAGUUGAAAGGGUCACACACCAGAACCUUAAACGUGUGUCACCCAUUUCAUAGGUUAGCAUUCUAGGUAAUGAUGGAACACUCCCUAUGGAAUUAGUCCCACUUACAGAACCAUCAAGUCAUCAACGCAUCUUGAAAAGGUUGUAUGAACUGUGACCGCAUUCUGGCUAAUCAUUAUGUUCAUUUAAAAAUUUUUCUUUUCUGACCUUUGCCUAAGUGGAGUGCAAAUUUCAGAUGACAGAAGCUCUAAGUUUACUGUGGUCUUCUUCACAACUUAGAUUCAAAGAGAAAAAGGUAAAUUUCCCUAAGGACACAGCAAGAAUAUUUAUUAAUGCUAUAUUGUGAAACCCACACCUAAGAUAAUAAUGUUGAGUGUGUAUAUAAAUGAAAUACACAGUAUAAUAUCUAUAGUAUGUAUUAGUAUAUACAAUAUAAACUAAUAUGUUAGCAUAUAUACUACAUGUUGUAUAUGUAUCAAUGGCUUAACACACAUAUAUAUACUAAUAUAUACUAAUACUAUAUGACUUUAUUUACACACAUAAACACAUGCAUGCAUGAGUGUCUGCACACAAUGACUAUAUUGUGCUGGAACAGGGUCCUGAAAAUAGACAGUAAUUUUUUUCACCAGUCUCUGGGAAAUUGUAGAACUCAUAUAAAGAUGCUUACGUUUUGAAGUCACCCUCAGGAGCUACUUAGAGAUGUACUCAUUAGUCAAGGCCAAAAUAAGACUAUUUAGAAGACUGAAGAAUCUAAAUAUUUUUAAAAUUCUUUAUUCUCCAUGUAAAAUGCACUUUGCUUGUUUAAGAAGUUUGACACUAACUGCCAAGUGGCACCAUUUUGUUUCUCCCAUCUCUUUCACUUGUUUUCCACUUUUUAAAUUCCCUUCAAGUUGCUUCCUUCUUCAGGAAACAAGUCUUACCAAGCCCAUUCUUAAGCAGAAGCUGGCUUUUUCAAGAGGGGGUUCUGCAGAGGCCCUGAGCCAGUUCUUCGGUGUGUAAGGCACCAGACAAGCUAAGUUCCCUUGGUCUCUGUGAGCCUCAGGUCUGGUCUUUGUCAUAAGCACUUGGGUGCCUAUCCUGGCUAGGAUCCUCACAAGUAUUGUUUUGUUUUGUUUUUGUGUGAGAAUCAGUUGAAAAUGGCAUAUGAAGUGGUUUGAAAAUGAGGACAUACAUUUUGAAAUAUGAGACUGUAGUAAGAAUAAGGCAAACAUAGAACCAGCUCCAUUGUGGGACUUGGACAGUUACCUUUCUAAGGGAAAUUCCAUAGAACGGAGCCCACAGUUGUGAUGCAACUUCUGUCACCAAUUCUGUCAGGAUCGGAGAAAAGCCCCAUUCCCCACAUUUGGGGUUUCUUUUGAAGCCAGUAUGAUUAGCAACUUGGUCCAGUGGCUUAGCUUGGGAGUGGGGGCAGAAAUAUUUUGCCCACCAUCCACGAUGUAAUACACAGACAGGGUCCUGUUGAAACGUUACUUUUUAUGCCUUUGGGCUUCAGAGUAGAUGUAAUGCUAACAAACAAGUGUCAGCCUGCUGGCCCAGUGUCUUGUCUUCUGGUGAAAAAUGAUUCUAUCCCCAGGUCUUACGUAGUGUCCAGGGUGCUCAUCAUUUUACUGCUACAUCAAAUGGAAGAGGAAAAGACGCAGAGGUGGCAGUGCCUCCUUCCCCUCUGACACCUCUCCCUGCACUCAGUUCCUUACAUUUCAGGGAGCUUUUCAGACCAUGGUCUUUUGCCUUGCGGACCCUGCUGUUUCCCAGAGGCCUUCAAACCUUGUUUCUUCCCUAAAACCUUGAGGUAUGAUUCCCUCUGUCCAGAAAUGUUGUGCAGUCUGUGGUGCAGAAUUAUUCUUUGUAUAGUAUUUAUUUGAUCUAGACUCCUAAAUUAUUAGGAGAUGAGACCAGGACCUUCAGUUUGUAAAUUAGAUGUGGAUAUUAGAUAACAUUAGUAAUGGAAGAGCUACCAAAAUAUAUCUAUAUUAUGUGAACAAUCUACUGUAAUAUGUAUUUAAAGACCAGUAUUGCUCUUUUUAAUGUUUUGCUUAUUUUAAAUGAAAUAUAUACGUUUAAAUUUGAAGGUUUCUUUUGCCUUCCAGAAUGUGAGGAUAUAUGUGAGUUGUAUAUGAGCGAGAGAAAGAGACAUAUUUCAUGAAAAAAAAAUGAAAAUCUGUUUUGGGAAUGUAAAGUGAAUGUGUCCCUAUGUUGCUACUACUAUUUUUGUUUGUGUUAAUGAUAAUAAAAUGAGAAUUUUGAUUUUUUUCAAA